AGUCAGCUGGGAAUGCAUACAUCAUAAUGCUAUUACUGAUUUUUCUGUCUCUUUUAGAAGGGAAAUAAUCAUUAAAAAUAGCUCUGAUGGUUAUCCUCUCCAAAAGCCCACAUAUAUCUGGUUUUGCCAUGAAGAUUUUACUUGAAAUUCAAGUGUUGCGGUCUUCAUGGAGCAUCCAGACACUCUACAGAUUAUUCCACCAGUGUCAUAAGACUUUUGCACCUUUGAAUCUCUCAGAUUAUGAAGCCAUCAGUCGUUGUGAACAGGAAGUGCCUGAGUACUUCAAUUUUGCAGGUGAUGUGCUGGACAAGUGGUCUCAAAUAGAAAAGGAACGAAAGGAACCAUCAAACCCAGCUCUGUGGUGGAUAAAUGGAAAAGGAGGUGAAAGGAAAUGGAGCUUUGAAGAGCUGGGCUUUGAGUCACGAAAAGUGGCCAAUGUGCUCUCUGGCCCGUGUGGUCUGCAAAGAGGAGACCGAAUUAUAGUGAUUCUGCCCCGAAUCCCAGAGUGGUGGCUGCUGAAUACGGCUUGUAUGCGAACAGGUGUUGUCUUCAUCCCAGGGACAACACAGCUGACAGCAAAAGACAUUUGCUAUAGAUUGCUGGCUUCCAAGGCUAAGUGUAUUGUUACAAUUGAUGAGCUUGCUCCUGUGGUGGACUCAGUUGCAUCCAAGUGCCAGUUUCUGAAAACAAAGCUAAUUGUAUCUGAAAGCAGAAGAGCUGAGUGGCUUAACUUCAGUGAUUUGUUCAAGGCUGCCUCUGCUGUCCAUAACUGCGUGAAGACAAGAAGCCAGGAUCCAAUGACAAUCUAUUUUACUAGUGGUACCACAGGCUUCCCCAAAAUGGUUGAACAUUCCUAUGGAAGCUUUGGUCUGGGUUUUUUUAUCUGUGGAAGAUAUUGGAUGAAUUUGACUCCCUCAGACAUCGUGUGGAACAUGUCAGACACUGGCUGGAUAAAGGCAGCUAUUGGGAAUGUUUUUGGUCCAUGGUUUCAGGGUACAUGCGUUUUCGUACAUGCUAUGCCACAGUUUGAUCCAAAAGUAAUCUUAAAUACCUUGUGCAGGUAUCCAGUGACCACUCUGUGCAGCGCCCCAACUGUCUACCGUAUGUUGGUACAGCACGACCUCACCAGGUACGCAUUCAAGACACUGAAGCACUGUUUGAGUGGAGGGGAACCAGUCAACCCAGAAGUGAUGGAACAGUGGAAAAGCCAAACAGGACUGAAUAUCUAUGAAGGCUAUGGCCAAACAGAAAUCGGAAUGAUAUGUGGAAAUAUGAAAGGAAUGAAAAUUAAGCCAGGUUCCUUGGGCAAGGCAGCUCCCCCCUAUGAUGUUCAGAUUAUAGAUGAAAAAGGCAGUGUUCUGCCUCCUGGGAAAGAAGGAGACAUUGCUAUCAAAAUUGAUGCCAAGCGGCCAUUCACUUUUUUCACUCGAUACGUGGAUGAUCCAGUGAAAACCGCUUCAACAAUCCGUGGGAACUUCUAUAUCACUGGAGACAGAGGGAGCAUGGAUGAGGAUGGUUAUAGGUUUAUGGGGAGAUCUGAUGAUGUCAUCAUCUCCUCUGGGUAUCGUAUUGGACCAUUUGAAGUAGAGAGUGCCCUGAUGGAGCACCCAGCUGUUGUUGAGUCAGCUGUUGUCAGCAGCCCAGAUCCCAUCAGAGGCGAGGUGGUAAAAGCUUUUGUGGUCUUGUCUCCUUCCUUUAAGGCACAAGAUCUAAAGAAACUGGCCUGUGAAUUGCAAGAUCAUGUCAAAAAAGUCACUGCUCCAUACAAGUACCCCAGAAAGAUUGAAUUUGUCGAGCAGCUGCCAAAGACAAUCACUGGGAAAAUCAGACGGAGUGAACUGAGGAACAAAGAGCGUGGACAGAUUUAGUUUUGAUAAGCAAUCUAGAAAAACUGUCCCCACUGAUUCCACUUAUAACGGAGAUUUUCUAUUACAAUUGUAAGCACUAAGAUAGGAUUGUAUUUCACUCACUAGGCAGUGAAUGUGUACUAAUGCACAAGGUUUAAAAAGUCCCAACUGUAUGGUCCUUAAAUGUUUGUGCUCUUGUUUAACAAAAAUCAUAGAAUCAAACAUACCUAGCAAAGCAUGUGUAAAUGCAGCAUCUCCCAGCUGCCUAACGCUUGUCAGAAUUAUGGUAGAAGUGAUUACCAGGUGAAGGAGCAGUCUGUUAAUUCUUUGAGACCAGAUAUCUUAACUCACAAGAAGCUUAUUAAUAAGGAAAUCAUAGUACCCAGAAAUGGCUAUAGAUCAUGCACACAUCCAAAUUAAGCACCCCAUUUAUAUGAAUCUUGAAAGCCUCCAGGUUCAGAAAUGUGUGUUAAAAAUGAAUGUGCAGCAAGGGCAAAUUAAAAACAAAAAAGAAAAUGUCAGAAGUAAAAAAAAGAAUGUGGACAUCUUAAGCCUGCAGCAUAGGCAGCAUCUAUAUGUCAGACACAGACUAGACAAAUGGAUGGCGGUUAUUCAGCCAUUUCCUCUGAAGACCUGUAGAUUCUAAACCUCUAAGAGAGGCAGAAGGAAAAAAAAAAAACUAUUCAUGAUGAAUCCAUCUUUGUCCUUGGUAAUAAUAUGAGUAGGCAGUCUUGAAUCAUGAUCACCAACAUCAGCCACCAAUAAACAUUCACAGUUGGCCUUUGUGUCUGGUCUCUAAUGGUUCUUUCCUAGGAGUGACCUAGACAUUGCUGGUUUUAAUCCAUACACAAAAGCUUUAAAACGUAAGGAAAACACUAAUGCAGGUAAGAAAGCAUAUUUUUAAUAAAUGGGUGGUAAGGGAUACAGGACUAGGGAAAAGUCCUCUUAAU